UGUAUGUCAGUUAAUGAUAGAUUUGAUACUGAUUUGUGUUUGAUUACAUUUGAUUAUAACAUGAGAACUUUGUUAUAUCUUUUUGUAGUUUACAGACAGAGAAUUUUGUUAUAAUUUAUGACUGAACAGUUUAUAUUUUCAAAGUAAAAACAUGUUGAUUUACGAUGUUUUACAUAAAGAAACUGUAUAUCAUUCAAUCGUUAGCGACCUCCGUAACUAUGGGGUUAAAUACCGAUUUAAAAAGAGUAUGUUUAAAACUGAAAUACUGGAGGGAACUAAACAAAUUUCGAAAAAAGUUUUUAAGACUUCUUUAUCCUAUCAACCAUUAGAUGUUGUGAAUUUAUCUUCGGGUGGUAUUGUUCACGUACCCGUUUUUAUUAGUCAAGCAACUGCAUUUUUAGAAAAAUAUAUUACUCAAGAAGGGUUGUUCAGGAAAGCAGGAUCUCAACUAAGACAAAAAGAAUUAAUGAUCUGUUUAGAUAAUGGUGAUAUAUUAGGAGAUAAACAUCAUGCAAUUGAUGUAGCUAAUUGUUUAAAAACUUUUCUUAGGGAUUUACCAGAACCAUUAAUCCCUUAUGUAUAUCAUGAUUUAUUUAUACAUUGUGCUAUGCUUAAAACAUUUCGUGUACAAGCAUUGUUAUUAGCUUGUAUUCUCUUGCCACCGCACCAUCUUAAUACAUUAGCAUAUUUUAUGGAAUUUCUGAAAAAAGUAUCUCUGUAUGAGAAACAAAAUAAAAUGAAUGUCGAUAAUUUAGCUAAAGUUAUUGGACCAAAUGUUAUGCCUUUACAAGAAGUUAGUAUGUCUGCUGUAAGAACACGUCUUGAAUUACAUUUAAUUAUUGUUAAGAUUUUAAUUGAAAAUGCAGAGAGUAUUGGUAUUUUACCAGAUCAUAUAACACAAGCUGUUUCUAUGGAAACAAUUGGUAGCACAGACAAUGAAUUAGAUGUAUCUGGUAGUCAUUUGCAUUCAAAGUUGAGGAAAAAAAAACAUCGCAGUGGAAGUCUUACACGUAAGCCACAUCUAAGUGCCUCCAAUCUCAAUCUAAGAGUAUUUAAUGGUUUAAAAAAGAUGGUUGGCAAGAAUAGUACACCUGAAGAUGAUAAUGUAUCUGAUAAUCAGAGAAUUCUUGAAAAUUAUGAUGCAUUGCAUGCAUCAAAUAAUAAAAGUACCAAAAAAAGAAAAGUUGAGUACUCAGAUUCUCAAACUUCAAAGAAAAAAAGGAAUUCAGAUAAAACUGAUAAAUCUAAGAAAAUGAGACUCAGCUUGGAUCGUUUUGUACCAAGGAAACCAAAAAUUAACGAUGAAGGUACCGAAACAUAUACGGAACGACGGUGGAGUUCCGUUAAUGAUAAAUCUGAUUCACAAAGAACACAUAGAACAUACAGCGAUGGUUCAUCACAGUUGAAAUUAAUUUUAAAAAAUAACGAAACGUCAAAUGAUCUUCAUAGAGAGUAUAACAACGUUUUCAUUGACGCAAACAUUAAUUUAUCGGAUGAUAAUGACGAGCAGGUCUUGUUAGCAAAAGAAAGUGAUAUUAGUAAAUCCCAUCCACAAAUUAACUUAAAUUCAGAAGAAUUAAAGGUUGCGAAUAGUUUUGAUCAAGUGUAUUUAUACCCGUUAAAGAACAGAGUAACCGUAAAUAAUCUGGAAACAUAUUCACGUAUUAAAGUCACAUCUGUGGACAACGAGUCUGAAGAAUAUGUUACGAUACCGAAAAGCGAAUAUGAGGAAAUUAAAAAUAGAGUUUCAGCGAUUGAAUCUCGCCUUUCUCAAGAGCUUGGAUGUGUGAAUGAUGAGGAAAAGGAUAGUUUAUCACCACACUCUGUAAAAAAAGUACAAACUGCCUAUGAAAAAACUUUAGAAGAAGCUAGUAUUGAAAGUACGGUAACAACCGACUAUUUAGCUAGAAAACUUGGUAAAGAACUUAAAAUUAGAAGAUCGGGCGAACAUAAAAUUAUUCGAUCUCCAAGUGCUCGAAAAAUAGGAAAUUUAAGAAGACGAUCACAGGAGAGAAUGAUGAGUAAACGUGUUAAGCGAACUUCUUCGUGGCAUAUUUCUCAUGGAUCAAAUUUACAGUCGCAUGUACAAUCUAAUCAAGAAUUAAAUAAUGCUUAUCUCCAUAAUGAGAAACAUUUUUCACCAAAUUAUAUAAAAGAUGAUACUAUAUCUACUUCUUUUUGGGAAGAAGACAAAAAUGUAAUAAUAAAUAAUGUACGUAAAAAACUUAACAAUUCAAGUGCACGUGCAUCAAACGACGAUUUAAAUUAUAUUGCAAUUGAAGCACUUCCAAUAAAGAAUAGAACACACACGACAGUACGCCGGGUGUCAUCUUUCCAUGGUAAUGAAUUUACAAAUACAAAUACAUAUUCCGUUGAAAAAGUUGAAAAAUUGAAGAAGACAAACAGUCAGCAAAAUAUUAUUUUAAAUAAUACAUCUGCCACUAAGUCGACUCCGAAAUUUGAUGGUUGGAGAAAAGCAACUAUGUCCUGGAAAGAUGCUGAGGGAUAUUUUACCUCGGCUACCCAAACGAAUACCCCGGUUACUCAAACUGGUCGUGCAUCGAUUGCGAAAUUAAGAACUCAAAAUGCAGGAAUGGUAUUAGCUAAAGCUAAAUUAUUCGAUGAAUGUACAACAAAAGUAUACGGACAAAAUGCUAUUUUAAAUAAAAAAAAUGAUUUACUAAGUACAACUAAUGAUCAGUGUCGAAAGUCGAGCAGAAAUGUAAAAAACAAAAACUCGAGGCAUUCACCUUCUCAAAUUAUAGUGGAAACAGAGAACGCGACUUCAAAUUUAAAUCAGGAAGGUGGUAAAACGUGUUAUUACAUUUCUCAAAAUAAGCAACUUAAUAUGAUUUCUAACGCAACAAAUCACCAGAAGGAGAAUAUUACUGUAAAAACACCGCCUUCGGUAAAAAAAGGGUCUCCGUUAUUGCAGGAGUCAAGGUUGAGUACGUACAAAGCCGAUAGCAAUGCACUAUGUAAAACUCCACAUAUUAAGAAACCAUUGACUGUAAAAACACCUAAAAGUGCUAAGUCACUAGUAAAGAAACCUACAGUAGAUUCUCGUAGAACGCCUUUAAAGGCUGUUAGUCAGUUAGGAACAUCAAAAUAUCAAAGUCCUAAAAGUAUUUUGAAAACAAGAACUGUUCAUAGAUAUGCUUAAAAUGAACCAUGAGCUAGUAUAAAUAUGAAAUUAUUACUUACAAUUUCAUAUUAAUAAUGCACAAUUUUCAUUAUGAAACAGUAUAUUUAUAUAUAAUAGGUAAUCAUAUAAAUAUAUUAGAAACUAUUUUGAGUAUAUUAAAUGAACAGAAACAGUUUGUCAAAAUUUUAAAUACCAGAAAAAUAGUUGAAAAUGUUUAUACGUUUGUAUACAUUUUUAUUCUUACCCUUCUUAGUAUUAGAAAGAUAUAUGUAUACUUACAGGUAUCUAAUUAAGUACAAAAUGUAUUAUAUCUUGAUUGCAAUACUAUAUUUGAAAUUUG